AUGGGCAAUAAUAGUUUUGUGGGUUCCAUACCAAAAAGUUUGAAGAACUGCACAAGCUUAAUCAGAGUUAGGCUUGAAAGAAAUAAACUAGAUGGACACAUAUCAGAAGAUUUUGGCAUAUACCCAAAUUUGAAAUUCAUUGAUCUGAGCUACAAUAGGUUGCAUGGUGAGCUUUCUCAAAAUUGGGGGCAUUGUCGUAAUCUGACACUCUUGAAAUUGUCCAACAAUGGAAUUUCUGGUGGGAUACCACCGGAGCUUGGGAAAGCAAAUCAAUUGCAGGUACUUGACCUCUCCCAAAAUUGUCUGGUAGGGAAUAUUCCAAAGGAACUAGGGGCAUUGAAGUUGUUGUUCAAACUUAAAUUGAACAAUAACAAACUUUCAGGUAAUAUUCCCACAGAACUUGGAAUGUUAUCCGAGCUUACUGAUCUUAGCCUUGCAGUAAAUGAUCUCAGAGGAUUGAUUCCAGAACUGAAAGACUGCUUAAAACUACAGUUCUUGAACUUAAGCAAAAACAGGUUCAGUAAAAGUGUUCCAUUUCAAGUUGGCAAGUUACUUUCUUUGCAAAUGCUCGAUCUAAGUUACAAUUUGCUUGAAGGAGAGAUACCACCGGAGCUUGGAUAUUUGCGUGACUUAGAGACAUUAAAUCUCUCCCACAAUGAACUCUCAGGUUCCAUCCCAUCCACUUUCAGUGAAAUGUUGAGCUUGACUGCUGUUGAUAUCUCCUUCAAUAAAUUGGAGGGUCCACUUCCCAACAAUAAAGCCUUUAGCUGGGCACCAGUAGCGGCAUUGACUAAUAAUAAAGGUUUAUGUGGCAACAAUCCUUGUUUUAAAGCUUGCCCUUCUACAAAGAUAAGCAGAUUGAGCAGAAAAGAUGGCAACAAGGCAAUUGUAUUGAUCGCAGUUCCUCUUUCAAGCACCUUAGUCCUUGUAUUUGUCCUUUCUGGAGUUGUUGCUCUUGUUGGAAAAAGAGCCGGGAUCGCAGAUGAAGCCAAAGAAGAAGGAAAGGAUAAUAUAUUUGCAAUAUGCAGCUAUGAUGGGAAAGUUGUGCAUGAGAGCUAUGAUGGGAAAGUUGUGCAUGAAAGCAUAAUGGCAGCAACAGAGAGAUUCAGCUCCAAGCAUUGUAUUGGAGUGGGAGGAUGUGGGACUGUUUACAAAGCAGAGCUUCCAACUGGUCAGGUUGUUGCUGUGAAGAAGCUUCACCAACAUGAAGGGAUUGAAAUGUCCAAUUUAAAGGCUUUUACAAGUGAAAUUUGUGCAUUAACCAAAACAAGACACCGAAAUAUUGUGAAGUUCCAUGGUUUCUGCUUGCAUGCACAGUACUUAUAUUUGGUUUACGAGUUCCUUGGAGGAGGAAGCUUGGGAAAGAUACUACAGGAGAAGGUAAAAGCCGAGGAGUUAAAAUGGAUCACAAGAAUAAAUGUUGUGAAAGGAGUGGCCAGUGCCUUAACUUAUAUGCACCAUGAUCGCUCACCCCCUAUUGUUCAUCGUGACAUAUCAAGCAACAAUAUAUUGAUGGAUUCAGAGCAAGUGGCUCACAUCUCCGACUUUGGCACAGCAAGGAUUUUGAAGCUGGACUCUACCCGUUGGACAUCUUUUGCUGGCACCCUUGGCUAUUUGGCUCCAGAACUUGCCGACAGCAUGGAAGCAAAUGAGAAGUGUGAUGUGUAUAGCUUUGGAGUGGUAUCACUGGAAGUGAUCAUGGGAAGGCAUCCAGGGGAUAUAAUCCUGUCUCUAUCAACAUCAACACCAUCAGCUACCUACGAAAUUCUCCUGAAAGAUACAUUGGACCAACGCCUCCCACCACCCACAAAUAAGGAAGCAGCGGAAGUAGUUUCCAUAGUGAAAUUAGCAUUUGCUUGCCUCCAUGCCAAUCCAGGGUCUCGGCCAACCAUGCAACAAGUAUCUCAAAAGCUAUCAAUGAAAGUGAAAGCACUGUGGAAGCCAUUCCGAAUGUUUACUUUAGGAGAACUUUUGUAGUUAUACAAUUUUCAUUUGGAUGCAUCUCUUCCCAGAGCUGCAUCCUGUUUGUGCAUUUCUUGUUUUCCUUUUAUUAUCUUCCCUUUUCAUUUCUUGUUUUUGCUUGCUCUUGCUUUGAAUCGACGUUUAGAGAAGCAGGGAAAUGUAUUGGAAUCAGGACUUCACCUGAAAGAAAUGACCAAGACAAUAAUAAGGAUUUGAAUUGACUA